CGGUGCAUGAUGGGAAAAACCGGUAGCGCUUGGUUUAAAACCAUUUUUGAGGUCCGAGAAGUGGAGAAGAGAAAGUUGAAGUGGAAAAUGUUUUGAUUCAGGAAAUCCUGUCGUGUCUGCUUUUGCGCAAGUUAGCAGAGUUGUUGACUGAUGGACGUGGACCACAGCUUGUCAUCACAACUCCUCAUCCACAUCCUCAACCACCUGCUUCCUUAUGUCAUGGUCGCUCAUCAGCACCUCUGUACCCUGUGGGUCAGCUGGUGGCCAAAGUCUGCCCAAAGGAAGGUCUCACACCGCAGUAUUGUCCGGCUGAUCGGCACCUACCUGUCACUCAAGCCGCAGCACCACAGACUCUACUUCCAGACUGUCCAGCCAGACCUGCGAUGCUCGACCCCGUUUAGCGAGGAUGGAGUGCGGAGAGCGCCGGUUUCCCUCGCCGACAUCGCCAUGUUGGAACAGGAGGAACCGCUGCCCGGCAUCUACAUCAGCUGUGAGGUUGGCCAGUCAAGAAGAGAAGAAACAGCAGGGAGAGUCUCGAGUAGUUGUGUCAAGAGGAAGCAGACAGAAGAUGUCUUAGACGCCAGUCCAGCAGAAACGUGCAAUCCUACAAGUCAGCAAGAGGGUCCAGUAGAGGACGCAGCACUCCAGAGAAUCAGCGCUCUGGAGGCAGAACUGAACAAACUCCGGGCUCAGAUCGCCCUCAUGGCCACUAUGCAGCCUCAGGCCCCCCCUGUACAGCAGGGUAACCCCCCAGGGACCCCCCUGCAGGCCAGCCCCCCUGCGCCACCCCCUCCCCCACCUCCACCCCCUCCUCCAGCCAGCCUGGCCACACCUGUGAUGAACAUCAAGGACAUCAUCAAAAAGAACAAGUCAAAACGUUCAGGGUCUGCGAACACACCUGUUGCCAUGCCCAGUCCUGCUGUACCCAACAUGAUGGCAGUGCUCAAAGACAUGAGCAAUGUGAAGCUGCGAUCCGUGGAGAGGUCCCCUGGAGGCACCCCCAUCAGGCAGAAGCCUAAGGAGUCUGAUGCCCAGGACCCGGCCGCUCUAAUCGCCCAGGCACUGCGGAGGAAAUUUGCCCACAGGAAACAGAUCGGUUCGCCUGACCAACUGGACAAGGAGAAUGACUGGCCGUCACCGGAGACUAGCGGCAGCCCGAAGUUUGGGCGUUCGCUCCUGAAGCCUGUGAACAGGAGAAGAAGCAGCCACAGCAACUCUCGAUCCAGACUCCACUCCGCACCGUCAGCAGUACAAGUCUGAUAGCAACCUGCUCAAGUAACCAUUUGCCACCAAAUUUAUACUAGUUAGGCCUAGGGAAAAAUGCUGUGUUUCCUGUUUCAGUCCUGAAAAAAAAUUAAUGUCAAUGUUGGAAAACUGAUUGUAGUCAGAUGUCAGAUCAUGGAGCUAGAAAUGGUCGAUAAGCUGGAAAAAGUUAUGUUCCUUGGAGGGGUUCACCCCCAAAAAGGCUAGUGUCGGUUGGGAUACAUGAAACACAACAAUUUUUCCCUAGGUACUAGGUAGCAACAAAUUUGUACCAGUUAUGGGUCUAAACAGCAGAUCAAAGGUUAACUCUGCUCACUGUGUAUUUAGAUACAUGUACCUUGGAAAUUCGGGAAACUUUACAAUGGGACUGAAAGGGGCAUAAUGCAGUAUUUGCAAGUCAUUGCAAGUAGUUCAUUAGAUUUUCCAAAUUCUCUUUGUGUCUCUCUACAUGUAACUACCCUGGUAGUGUCGUCACUUGCUGCCAAACAUACUCGGGACAAUCUGUUAGUAUUCCUAAUCAUGAUCUGAUUAUGAUGUACUGACCUGACUGUAACAUAAGUCUUUUUUACAAGCCAUGGGAUCACUUAAAAAUGUAGUUUUUUCCAGUCCCUUAGUGGGACAUAGUUUGCUAUUUUGUUGUUUUUCUUCCAACGAAGUGGAACUUUCUCAACAAUCCUUUACUUUUGAUAAGAUGACUUGGCAUCCAAGAUGGAAAGUGUUUUUGCCGUAAUGUUUUAACUGCGAAGCUUUAGUAAUAAUAUCUUCUUCCUGUCUCGUAGGACAUUUUGGUGUUUUUUUUUCCAAACAAAUGUAUCCUUCUCAACAAUCCUUUAUUUUUGGAAUCAGUUGAAACCUUGAUGGAAAGUGUUUUUGCUGUAAUGUUUUAACCAUGAAGCUUUAGUUAUAAUAUCUUUUUUCUGCUGUCAGCUUGUCAUUUUACCAAAUAUUGUUUGGUUCCUACAAGUUCAAGCAGGCUUAAACUGUACUUUCAUGCUUUGUGCUUUCUUUUAAAUCUCAAACUCUUUCAAUCUGUCCAUUUCUGUACAAAUGUUGAACAGAAAAAUGUUGUUCUGGUGGUCGGAUGUACCAUCAUGUUUUUUAAUGGUUUCGCUCAAUUUGUUUCCUGACAAAAAAUCAGAGAAUGAAGGAAUCGACUGAGUUGGAUUUUUGCAUGACUAACGGUUAUGAAAUGAUGUAUAUUGAAUAAAGUAUACCCAAAACCUUG